CAUCCGGAAGUGGUGAAAGCUGCCGUUCCCGCCAGAAUGCAAUUGGAUGCCAGCCGGAAGUGUCAAGCCCCAGUGCAAACAACGAAUAGCACCACUCCAACCGCGGAUGGGUCAUGGUUGAUGAUCCGCUCUGCUACUACUCUUUUUCCUCCGGCCAGAGUCACGUGUUUGAGCUUCUUCAGUCCCAGAGGUUACCACGUUCCGGACUGGGACUUUAACUGCAAUGGCAUCACGCACUGAACAGAAAGAAGAAACGUCGUCAUCAAGAUAGAUGGUAUUGCGCUUGCAGAAUUCCGGGGCGUAUUUUAUCGUGAGAUUUACUCUGGAGAUUAUAGAGAAGUAAAAUAAAAUAUUUUCCAUUCGCUCGGGACGCCCAGUUUUCCUCCAGGAGGUAAAACGAAGUGGGGAAACAUAUAUAUAAAAAAGACGUUAUUGCUUUAAGAAUCGAUUCAACGGGAGCUUUAAUAGGUCAUUAGGGUGAAGCAUCACAGCGCGCAAGAGGGAGAGAGCUGAAUCAGAGGGCACUAUUUAGAGGCUAUAGCUAAUAGAAGGCUAGAUUUAUUACAUUUUUAAGGUUAUGCUAGGCAGCUGAACUAGGUUAGGUAGGCAUGAAAAUGAACACGACAAACGUCGACUAUGACUAUAGCAUAAUUAUCGAGGACAACCACUACAUCCUGCAGAGCUCGGCUGCAAACUUGUCGAACGAUUCCUACAAUGGGACGUUCUACCACAACAUGUCGGUGUGCUACUACGCACUGGAGAUCGACACGGAGCUAACGCUGUUCGAGUUCUGGAUCAGUGGCGUCCUGAUGAACAUAAUCUCCCUGCUAGGCAUCCUCGGCAACAUCCUGUCGAUGGUGAUCCUCUCUAGGCCGCAGAUGCGUUCCAGCAUCAAUUACCUACUGAUAGGUCUAGCCCGCUGUGAUACCAUAGUAAUCCUAACGUCGAUGCUUCUCUUCGGCAUUCCGGCCAUCUAUCCGUACACGGGCUAUCUCUUCUACUACUACUAUGUGAUACAUCCGGUCAUAUCGCCGGUCGUAUAUCCGCUAGCGAUGACAGCACAGACCGCAAGCGUCUACCUAACGCUAACCGUCACCCUUGAGCGAUACGUGGCCGUAUGCCAUCCGUUGCGAGCACGAGCUCUCUGCACCUACGGCCGAGCUCGGAUCUACGUGAUAGCUAUUCUCAUCUUCUCGCUCCUCUACAACCUGCCUCGCUUCUGGGAGGUUUCCAUAUCCGCAUUCGAUCACCCAGGCUACGAAGGAGCCUACUGCGUGAGCGCAUCCAACCUCCGAACCCACGAUCUCUACAUCCGAGUCUACGUCCACUGGAUGUACACGGUUUUCAUCUACCUUCUCCCCUUCUCAUCCAUUUCCUUCUUCAACACCAUGAUCUAUCAACAGGUCCGCAAAGCGAACCGCGAACGCCAGCGACUGUCCCGGUCGGAAAAGCGAGAAAUCGGCCUAGCCACCAUGCUCAUCUGCGUGGUGGUCGUAUUCCUGCUGUGCAACCUGCUUGCCAUGGUCAACAACAUCAUGGAAGCGGUCUACUCGAAAAUCAACGAUUAUCUAGUCAAAACCUCCAACCUUCUCGUCACCAUCAACUCGUCCGUCAACUUCAUCAUCUACGUCAUCUUCGGCGAGAAGUUCAAGCGGAUUUUUCUUCUGUUAUUUUGUAAGUCGCGCCUUGGCCGGGAAUCACCGGAUGGCUUUCUCCAGGAGGACAGUUCAUUCUCGAACGGCGAAGGAAGCCAUCGAAAUAGCGGACGUUUCCAGCGACUGGGUACAACCCGCAGCAGUACGUCCAAGGUGUGCAACAGCACCCUCGGCAGUAUACGAACGACGCGGACCACGAUCCGGAGCACCAGGGCACCCUCGCCCGGACCAAUAGUGUACUACCCGGCACGGGAAACGAUGCCCCGGUUGCAACCGCACGCACCGAUCAGCCGGAGUACGUCGAUGUUUCACCCGUGCUGGGAACGGGGCGAACACGGCACCAACGGGAUCAUGAUGGCCACGUCCGGCUUUUAGCCGUUGCUCAAGGUUUCCUGCUCGGACCACGGUCUGAACGGGGAUCACAAGUUCUGAGCUAGGCUGGUAGGUUAGUGACUGUGCUGUUGUUGCGGUUGGUAAUUAGUAACCAUUGACCCUAUAGCUUUAAUCAUCGAUACCUGAAGGUAAGGUGAGGACGCGCGGUCCGGAAGAGGUGGAUCCAAAUGAAGUGGAUCAGCGGCAAGGGAAGACCAAUUACUCCUUUGGACAGGGAGUGCCACACUGUGUGCUGACGAAUGGAAUAUGGAUUGAUGUGAAGUUUGAUGACGAUAUUGAUCGGAUUGUUCUUUUCACGCGGGGAAUAGUUUCCCACGAUUAUUGAGAUUCCUAGUGAUAUUCAAAUCUUUGAGAAGCAAUCAGAUUGGCAUCAAGCUAAACGUAAAUAUUUAAAAUCAAAAUAGUUUUUUACAGUUAUUUAAAAAUUCUGACCCAUUUGAUUAAAAUUCACAUCUACAUUUCGCCUUUUACUCAAUUCAACUAACAAUUUGUGAUAUGCCCAACUACCAGGUUCGUUACAGUUCCAUUUCACUGGAAAUUUCCUGCAAUUUUAAGUAUCAAAGUUCAAAAACAAUUUCUUGAAGAACUUUAAAGAUCUCACGGUUCCCCAAUUUGUUUUCAAAAUUUGCCCAAAAUUUGAUCUUUCAACAAAGACAUUGCAGUUCUUUCUACGUGCCCAUCAAGUUCUACUAAGUUUCCCAAGAAGUUCAGAAGGUAUCAAGAAAUAGCUUCCAUCAUAACUUUGACCGUAUUUUUUCCCAGAAAAAUUUUAUUUCCAGGAAGGUCCGUCAACAAUCUUUGGAAUUUGAUCAAACUUUCUUUUAGAAUUAUUCCGUUAGUAAUAUUUGA